AUCUCUGCUUUCGUUGCAGGUGGAAGACAGCAUGUUGGAUGUGUAUGAUUUUGUGUAUGAGGAGGUGAGGAGGAAUGCCUCCAGCUUCAGGAGGCAUGAGCUGACUGCCAUCCAUGAAGCAUUCCUGUGCUGUGGGAAGCACUCUCCAUUCGGGGACACGUCCAACGUUGAGCGCCAGACAUGCCCACCUGGUCAGGCACAUGAUGUGGGACAGGACUGCCUUCAAGAGAUCCUGGACUUUCUGAAGAAGCACAUGGACUUUGUCUUCUUGCUCCUGGGCAUCACCAUUGGCUUCACGGUUUAUGGGAUGAUUCUAACUUCAUUCCUCUGGUUCUCCAUCCACUUCAGCACCAACCUGGACCGGAAAGGCAAAUACAUCCUGCGAGAGAGGUAG